GGCUUGAUCAGAACUUGUCUUGCCUCCAUUCUUUCGUGUCCCUUGCUUGUUUCAUUCUCCUAGGGUGUCUCUUCGUUCCCACGUUGUUGUCCCGCGGGUCGGGACAGUCUGGCGCCCAACGUGGGGCCCUGGGGACCCCCUGCGAGAACGUCUGCUUGAAGCGCCUGGCCAGGCACCCCAUAGAGUCGCCGCGCAGUAUUGACUCGUGAGUGAAGACUCGGCAUCUUGAUCGCCACGGUUUCACCCGCCCGUGAGACAGAUCGUUGUGAAGGAAGCCGAAGCCAUCUGGCAUCGCCGGUCAAGGUAAUUGCCCCUUAAAAAUGCUCUGGUAUUCUCUACCCUGGUACUUUUGGAUAGGAAUUCUCCUUGGCUUUUUACUUAUAUUCAUUUCAGUCCUCUGUGAGUGUAGGCGCAACCCUGACCUGAUACCUGGAGGAAGACACUUUUGUCCCUGUUGGGCCACUGAUGUAUAAACCUCCUACAAUUAUAAUGUUCCCUCAGGCGGUUGUUAUUCUCUCCGUCCUGCUCCUUACUGCCCUCGGUGCGCUGCAGUCCCCCCCAAACUUAGCUGAACUAUCCAAAGUGCUUUUUGGGCCUCCCUGCGACUGCAGGGGAGGUCACACUGCGGUGACACCCCGGACACACCAAUACACCCGAACAACUGAUUGUGGCUCCGUUACUGCUUACCUUAUCUCUGAGCCUCUAAAAACAGGAGGAUACAAAACAAGCUGGAAAUGUGUAGGAAAGCCCAAAAUCAUACCCCCGAUUAAUGAUAGGCCAGGGCCUUGUCCCUCGGACUGCCAAUCAGCCACUGAGAUGCACUCUACCUGCUAUACCACCGUUCAACAGUGCACUAAUUCAGAGGGCAAAAUACAACUCACCGCUAUCCUACAGAGAACAUACAGUGGCUCGUUUGGAGGCGAAUAUGAUCACUCCUCCAGCAGGGGACAUUCUAAAUAUGCCCAAGCCUCUUGCCGCGGCAAAAUUGGCAAACCUGUUUGCUGGCCGCUGCAGGCACCUAUCCAUGUGUCUGAUGGCGGCGGACCGACAGACAGGGUUAGGGAAGCCAUAGUUCAAAAACAAAUUGAAGAAAUUUCCAGAAAUAUGUAUCCCCCUGUAAAUUAUCACCCCUUGGCCUUAACCAAGUCUCGAAGCGUAGAUCUCGACACCCAAACCUCUGACAUAUUAAAGGCCACAUUUCAAGCUUUAAAUACUACCAAUCCCUCCCUCGCAGAAGAUUGCUGGUUAUGUAUGACUCUUGGCACAGCUAUGCCCCUUGUCAUACCAGAUAAUAAUGCUACUGCCAUCACUUCCUAUAACAAUUGUACCCUUAGUUUACCCUUUAGAACUCAGCCUAUUGCAUUCAACUUGUCAUCAUGUUUACAAAAAGAACCCAAAAAUAAUAGCUAUGAUUUAGAUGUAGGAUUCGUCAGCUUUACAAAAUGCUCUUCUAUUAGUAAUUAUAGUUCACCCCUCUGUCCCGCUCCAGGACGAGUAUUUGUAUGUGGGGGAAAUAUGGCCUACACGGCCCUACCCACAAAUUGGACAGGAUUAUGUGUACAGGCCAGUAUUCUCCCGGAUAUUGACAUCAUCCCAGGAGGAGAACCUGUCCCCCUGCCCAGCCUUGAUUACAUCGCUGGACGCAGUAAGCGGGCUGUUCAAUUUAUCCCUUUACUUAUUGGCCUAGGAAUUUCUGGAGCUGUAGCUACCGGUACAGCUGGGCUAGGAACAGCAUUGCAUACCUAUAACAAAUUAUCUAACCAGCUAAUUGAUGAUGUCCAAGCUCUCUCAGGCACUAUCAAUGAUCUCCAAGAUCAGAUAGAUUCCUUAGCUGAAGUAGUACUACAAAAUAGAAGAGGGUUAGAUUUGCUCACAGCAGAACAGGGAGGAAUAUGCUUGGCCCUACAGGAACGCUGCUGCUUCUAUGCCAACAAAUCCGGGAUCGUCCGAGACAAGAUAAAGAAGUUACAAGAAGAUCUAGUGAAGAGACGGAGAGAAUUAUUCGAGAACCCCCUUUGGAGCGGAUUGAACGGACUCCUGCCCUACCUGCUUCCUGUUCUCGGCCCCCUUAUAAGCCUUCUCCUAAUCCUAGCUUUCGGCCCCUGGGCUUUUAGAAAAUUAACAGACUUUGUAAAACAGCAGGUUGAUAGCGUCCUGGCCAAACCCAUUCAGGUACACUACCACCGUCUAGCCAUGUUAGACCGUGAAUGUGAUUAUAAUGACUGCUAAAACUCCCUCCCUGCGGGGACAGCAUGACGCCAGAGGGAUGCUUGCCUACUCCCCAUAGAAGGAGAAGGGCAUGGGCACCGACCUGGGUGCACAGCAAAGCACUGCAAGGGAAGGUCACAAAAAUUUCGACCGCCUCUGGAUUUCCCUGUGAGCACACCUGGUUUGCAUAGAGGUUGGUAUCCAUACAUAACUAUCGGCUCUGCCUCUCCUCCCCAAAAGAUACCAAGAGCCACUGACGGUGGGAUCCCACCAUCCCACGGGAGGAACCAGGUCCCUACUCCCCCAGUCGGUUAAAGCCCACCCUUAAUAAAGAAAAAGGGAGGAAUUGUUGGGAGCCAUUAAAGAUAUUGGCUUAAACAAAGCCAUCUUAAGAACUAUAAGUUUCUGGUUCCUCCAGAAACUCCUAAUUACCAGA